AUGACCGAGACGAUGAGUCGGCUCCUUGAUAUGCUAGGAACACCAGAACCAGAUCAAGUUCAAGCUGUUGAACAAAAGGCUAACGAGGCACUGAAAAAAAAGUACACAAGUACAGGUAGCUAUAUACAGAUGUUCCCAUUGGUUGAUGAUGAUAAGAUACACAUAAUGGACAUCUACACUAAGCUAUGUUUAGAUGAACUAGUUGACACAAGAGGGAAGAUUCAACACAAUAAAAUUAAUUUGUAUGAGGAGAUUUUCUUCUUUAAGACCAGGGAGGGUUAUCCAAUCAAACGUAUCAUUGUGAGCGGAUCAGCAGGAAUUGGCAAGACAACCCUAAUUGACAAAAUUGCUUAUGAUUGGGCAAUUGGUAACAGUGAGACACUCAAUAAGUUCAAACUUGUGUUUGCUUUCAAAAUGCACUCUUUAAAAAAAAGCUCCAACCUAACAGAAGCAAUAUUCAAGAUGCUGCUGGACAAAGACACAUUAGAUCAAUCUGCCUUGAAAGAGUUUGUUGACAAGAACCAAGACAAAGUAUUGAUUCUCUUGGAUGGAUUUGAUGAAUUUAAAUUUUAUCCGCUUGACACAUCCUCAUUUGGUUCGAUUCUCAAUAUUCUUAAUCGAAAGCUGGGCACAGAAUGUUGGGUAGUUAUUACAUCCCGUCCUCCCCUUGACAAAUUAGUCAACUCAUCAUUGGUUGAAAAGCCCUAUGCUCAUGUGAGAGUUGAGGGCUUUUCCGAUACAGAUAAAGAGGAAUAUGUGAAUAAAUUCUUCCCUGAUGCUCAUGUCAAGGCUAGCAAGCUUACAGAGCAGAUAAAACAAUCAGAUACCUUGUCUGAUUUGGCAAAGAGUCCCAUGCUACUGCUGCUGAUGUGUUUGCUGAUGGGGAGCACAAAGAACACCCUCCCAGACACAAUGACACGACUGUAUAACAAAGCACUGAAUUACAUAUUCAAAAGAAAAACAAGAGACAUCAAAGACGCUGCAAUAUCUAAGAUUUUGAUUUCUAUUGGAAAGGUUGCUCUAGGUAGUCUCCUUUCUAAAGAUCAGUCAUUUGCCUUUAGAGAAGGGGACUUUGAAAAGAGUGUGUUAGAUAAAGCACUGAAUGCAGGUGUCCUCACUGGUGAGAGGGUCAUCGAUGGGGUUGAAACCUAUCAACGAGUAACUUUUAUACACCACACAUUUCUGGAGUAUUGCGCAGUGAUGUACUGGCAAAGCUUGAUAAACACCGAAGAAUUUGACAGAAUCCUAGAUCAGAUUGAGUUGACAGCCUCUUCUAGUGUGUCUCGAUAUGAUUAUCUGCUCCGGUUUUGUUGUGGAGACAAUGUGGCAUGUACAAAUCAUAUUUUACAGAGGGUGCAUCAAGGCAGAAAUUUGGAACUUGUCGUUAUUUGUUAUUUCGAGAGUCAGUCACAGGAACUGCCACCAGCAAAUGUUAUCAGUUCAAUUCUGACUGAUCGUCUUAUACUUCACAGUUGGAAUAAUGAUAGUACAAAUGCAUUCUUUCAUUUUCUGAACCAAGUGGCAGCCAUCAGCAGAGGAAAUGAUUAUUUAACAAAGGCUAAAUGUUUGGUUGUGUCUUAUUUAAAUUUCCCAAGGUUUGGUGAAGAUUUGGUAAAGUCAAUAAAACUAAUGACCAAUUUACAAACUCUUUCUCUGCCGAGCAGCUCAUUAACUGCCGACAAUACUAAUCAAAUCCUAUCAUCAUUGGCAAGUCCAUCAACAUUGACUGAGCUAAAGCUCUCAGACAGCAUAGCCUUGGGUGGCUCUGUGUCAUUGUUGGCUCCUCAAUUGAUGAAACUGACGCGCCUCAAAUAUCUGUGCUUGGAUGGUUGCUCACUGAAAGCUCAAGAUGUGUCACCCAUUGCCAAGUCAAUGGGUGACACUCUGGUUAAUCUAGAUGUAUCAUGGAAUAGAGCAUUGGGUGGCUGUGCAUCCAUUUGGGUUCCUGAACUGGGGAAAAUGGAAUGCCUUCAAGAUAUUGACUUGCAAGGCUGUUCAGUGCAAGGUACAGAUAUUGAGCCCAUUGCUGUGGCACUGAGUGGUGUGUCUACUCUGGUUGAACUUGAUCUGUCAUGGAAUCAAGACUUGGGUGGUUGUGCAAAGAUGUGGGCUCAGCACUUGAAGGGAAUGAGACACCUUGAGGAGGUGAAAUUGCGUGGGUGCAAAUUGAUAAAUAAAGAUGUUGAACCAAUUGCUGUGGCACUGAGUGGUGUGUCUACUCUGGCUCAUCUGAACCUCAGGGGUAAUAAUGCAUUGGGUGGCUGUGCAUCAUUGUGGGCUCAGCAUUUGAAGAAAAUGAACCACCUUAAGAGACUGACAUUGAUGAAUUGUAAUCUGACAGGUGGUGAUAUGGAGCCCAUUGCUGAGUCAGUGAGUGACAUGCCUAAUCUGAAUCAUCUAGAUCUCUCAAGAAAUGAUCCAUUGAUUGGCUGUGCAUCAUUCUGGGCGCCUCAUUUGAAGCUAAUGACCAAACACCUCAAAAGGUGGAAUAAUGAUAGUACAAAUGCAUUCUUUCAUUUUCUGAACCAAGUGGCAGCCAUCAGCGGAGGAAAUGAUUACUUCACAAAGGCUAACAGUUUGGAUGUGUCUUGUUUCAACUUCCAGAGGUUUGGUGAAGACUUGGCAAAGUCAAUCAAACUAAUGACUAAUUUACAAUCUCUGUCUCUGAAGGAUAGCUCAUUAACUGCUGCCACUACCAAUCAGAUCCUAUCAUCAUUGGCAAGUCCAUCAACAUUGACUAAGCUACACCUCUCAAGCAAUAAAGCCUUGGGUGGCUCUGUAUCAUCGUUGGUUUCUCAAUUGAUGAAACUGAAGUGUCUCAAGAAGCUGCACUUGCCGGAUUGCUCACUGGAAGCUCAAGAUGUGUCACCCAUUGCAGAGUCAAUGGGUGACACUCUGGUUCAUCUAAGCAUAUUACUGAAUAGAGCACUUGGUGGAUAUGCAUCCAUUUGGGGUCCUGAACUGGGGAAAAUGGAAUGCCUUCAAGGUAUUUACUUGGGAUAUUGUUCACUGCAAGGUACAGAUAUUGAGCCCAUUGCUGUGGCACUGAGUGGUGUGUCUACUCUGGUUAAACUUGAUCUGUCAUGGAAUCCAGGCUUGGGUGGUUGUGCAAAGAUGUGGGCUCAGCACUUGAAGGGAAUGAGACACCUUGAGGAGGUGAAAUUGUGUAGGUGCAAAUUGGGAGAUAAAGAUAUUGAGCCCAUUGCUGUGGCACUGAGUGGCGUUCAAACUCUGGCUCAUCUGAUUCUCAUGGAUAAUGAUGCAUUGGGUGGCUGUGCAUCAUUGUGGGCUCAGCAUUUGAAGAAAAUGAACCACCUUAAGAGACUGAGAUUGAUCGAUUGUAAUCUGACAGGUGGUGAUAUUGAGCCCAUUGCUGAGUCAGUGAGUGACAUGCCUAAUCUGAUUUAUCUAGAUCUCUCAGAUAAUGAUCAAUUGGAUGGCUGUGCAUCAUUCUGGGCGCCUCAUUUGAAGCUAAUGAUCAGACACCUCACAAGUCUCAUGAUGGGUUACUUUACAGAUGAAGAUAAGCAGCACAUUAAUGCAUCAAUCGGUUUGAAUUCGCCCAUACUGACGUGGGGUUAG